ACAAAAUACAAUUUUUAAUAUUUUUAGUCUUGUCGACUUAUUUUUUUCAGUGUAAAAGCAUCGUUGAAAUAUUUAGUUUUAGUUCCAAAGAUUUUAAAUUUUAAUGUCCUUAUGUUGUAUUAAGUUCUAAUAUAAUGGGUUUCACGUACACGCUUUUAAGUGUUUUUUUUGAAGAAUUCAAGAUUCCUGCGGACCCGUUAACUUUUAUUUUCGAAAUAGUAUUAUUGGUUUUUUUGGGUAUUCCAAGAACUAUCGGGGCGAUCAUCUCGUACGUUUAUUUUCCAGAAGAACCAAAAAGUGUCGAAGGAAAUGUAAUUUUGGUACGUAUUUAACUAUUUUAAUUUUUCGAACGAAGGAAACCGUAAAAAUUACAAAUUUUUUAGAUUCUGAGAAAAUCGAGUCCAUAAACAAAUGUUCUAUCAAAAAUUGUCCACUAACUAAAAAUUCAGUAGCAUUUUAAAACUAGUAUAAAUUUUAAAUGUAUUGGUUUUACUAAGAUGUUUAUUUUUUUUUUUUUAUACUGUGUACAAAAAUUCGACCAGAAAUCUAGCUCAAAUAUUUCCACGUGGCACCAUUUCUAAAAGGGAAUGUUGUACAGACAGUACUUAUGGGAAGUCAUUUUUUGAUUUUCCAAGUGGUUUUCACAAUAUCUGGAAAAUACCAGGAUAAAAUGUAAGAAAAACGGGAAAUGUACGAAAAUAAUGUUUUUAUUAUUUUUCAAUUUUGUUAUUUGUUGUAAUUCAUAUAAAAAUAUUCAUAGACAAUUUUAAAUUAAAACAAAAUAAUUAUAUUUGUCAUUUCUAGACGUGGUAAAAUUUUCAAAAAAUUUAAGUUAUUUUUGAGCUAUUUAAAGACAUUUUAAUUUUGCGAAUUUUGUAAGUAAUUUUUAUUUGGUAGGUAAUGCGUGUUAAAAUUGUUAGAUUCCACAGAAAUUCUUAAAAAUUUAACAGACGAUUCAUUAAGUCUUACUUUGAGGUCGAAAAAAAUAAAGUUUAAUGUUGUAUUUUUUUUUGUAAAAUAAUUUUAAUAUCAAACUUUGACGAAAAUUGUUGAUAUAGUUAAUAUGUUGAUAGUUAAUAUAAAUUGUUUUUCGAUUUCCAAGAGUUUUUCCAGUGAAUGCGUAAAACGCAGAAAAAACGGGAAAACCGAUACAAUAUUAAACAAAUAUUAUUAAAGUAAAUAUACAAUAGUAAAAUAAUUAAAUAGGCAUUUAUUUUUUUUACCAUAUUAUGACAUACAUAUAUAAUAAAUUGACAAAGCAUCACUAUCAACUGAACUGCGCUCAGAUUUUUUCGUUAGUAAUGGUUUAUCAUUGCUUACAGAUAUACAUUAAAUUACUUACAACAGUGACUGAACCCGACCCCAUUAUCCUAGGACGUCUUUUUUUUUUAUCUAGUCUAUGUAUGAAGUAAUUCAUUAUUUUAUUUCCCUUAAAGUUUUCUUAAUAAAUAAAAAAAAUAAUUUUUUGUAAAUUUUUCGAUCACCUUGGCAACAAGGGCAAAAAUACAGCUAAAAAUACUCUGCUCAGAGUAGUUUUUCUUUAGCGAUCAUUUAUCCUUGAUUACAGAUAUAAACUGAUUUUUUCUACGCAUAUUUCUGUCAAACAUUCCUCCUUAACCGAAUGAAAAUCUAAAUCGAACCUUUUUUUUAUCGAUAUAUAGGUUGAAUUUUAUUAGAUUCAAAAUCUAAUACGAAUUUCAUAUUAUAAUAUUAUUACAAAUAUUGGCAGUAACAAAUUACCGUAUUAUAAUAUUUAUGUGGAUAAAGGACGAUGAAUAAUAAUGAUUGAAAGCGGUUCCGUUCAAAUUCUAGAUUACCGGGACUGGCCGAGGAAACGGACGUGAACUCGCGUUGCAGUUUCACAGGUUAGGCGCGAAAAUCGCGUGCGUGGAUAAGGACGAGGUGGGCAAUAAUGAAACGGUCGAGCGGAUCACGGAGGAAGGCGGGCGCGCGGUCGGAUUUACGGUGGACAUAACCGAUAAGGAACAAGUGACAAAGAUGCACGCGGCUGUGAGAGCCCAAAUGGGACCCGUGGACAUUCUCAUAAACAACGCCGCAGUGAUCGAGACAACGCUGUUCGUAAAUCCGGAAGCAGACCAAAUUAUAAAGGACAUAGUCGAUACGAAUUUACUAGGCCAAAUUUGGGUAAGACUAUGCGUAUAUUCUGUUAUCACGUUCUCGUGUUAUCGUAUUCAUAACUGACAUAGAAAAUAACGUAAUCGUGUAGUAAAACAUACUAUGCACGUCCGUUCGAUCAAAGCACGGAUGUGUUCGCUGGAUCAACCGGAGACAAGAGCGUUAUAUGCCUCUUGGCCAUUUUUUUUUUUUUUUAUUACUUGAUUAUUUAAAUGUUAUUAGCGUAGUAUUUUGCUGUGUUAUUUGUAAUACGAGAUGUAAUGUUUGAGGUAAUAGGUAUUGGGUAUUAUGCACAUUACAAUAUUGAACCAAUGUCUAACCGAAAAUAUUAUAUUUAAUGGCUUUCUACAUACUUACGUCUAGUUGUAUUUAGAUCCCCCUUACAACCCCCACGUACGAAAAUGAUAACCACGCCACUGGCUCAAAGUAUAUUUCUCACUCGUUGGUCUUUGUACACAAUAGGUAAUCAGAGAGAUACUGCCGUCGAUGCUGGAGCGGAACAGCGGCCACAUAGUAACGAUUUCUUCGUUAAUGGCGUUUAAAGGAUUGACAUUUCAUUUUACGUACGCUGCAACCAAGUACGCGUUGAACGGUAAACGAAUUAUUUUCAAAUAGUGCAAUAGUAUGACCUUACUUAGAAAAAAAAUAGUUAACGUAAUAGAAUUUUUACGGCGACUCAUUAUUACAGAUAUGUAUAGGCAUGUGUAGUUAUUAUUUUUAACAAUCAAAUAAUUAUUUAGGUACAUCAAUAUACGAGUUAGUUACUAUAGCUGAUCCCGCACGGCGUUUUCCAUGAUAAACUAAAUUCCCACAGUUUUCGAUCAUGUCUAAAACAACUAAAAAUCGAUAAAAAAAUACAAUUAAAUUUAACAGCUCUCUUAGUUUUCAUCUCGAACUCUAUAAAAAUUGCCCGUUUAUUAGUUUUAAUAUUUUAUCUGACGAAACAAUCUUACACGUGUAUAUAGUAAUAAUAACAAUUUUUCUUCUCCCAUGUAACCAAUAGAAACCAGACAUUUUUAUAUUUUGAGGCAAAAAUUGUCCGCACUAGUUCUCUCCCCCGCCCCUUACGUUCGAAUUUUUGAAAAUGCCUUCAUGUUGCAUAAUUAUAUUGUACAUAAGGAACGGUUCAAGUAUCAAGAUACCGUGAGAUGAGCAGUAGGUAUUUGGCUUUUUUUUGUUACUUAGAUUUUUUUCUUUGUCUCGUUUAUUAUUGUGAUUCUUUUUAUCGCCAUUUGAAAAACGGUACAGAACAAAACAGAGCAGGAUAUAAAAAAGCAACACAAUGUAGUCCAUGCCCGAGGUUUUGCAGAAUAUGCGAGAAAAUUUUAUGUCUCGGUAUUCGAGAUUCCGGAGCCGCGUACGAAUUGAAGCAUUUUGUUGUUGAGAUGAACCGUGAUGAACCGAGGAUUUAAUAAGAAAUACUUGAGAGGAAUUAAAUGGGUUACAGCAAAUUAUUACUGUAGUGGGAGACUAGGCGAUGCUAAAGCAAUUAAAAUGUUAUCACACGAUUUCGAGAACACAAAGAAACGGCUGCAGAACGUUAAAUUAUAUAUGGCGUAAUAUUUUUCGGCCGUGAACGAUUAGGAAAAGCAAGACAUUUAUUAUAAUUUUUAAAACAACCCGGUCGGUGGAUAACAGGUAUUCGGAAUAGCCAUUCGAAUAUUAAUAACUCUUGAUAAAAUAAUUAAUGCAAUUAAAAAAGAGAAGCAGCAAAGCACCUUCACUAGAGUCGAAAUUUCCUUCCCGUUACAAUAUUUCCUUUUUUUUUUAUUUUUUCGUCAUUGAUUUAAAAUAGGUUAUAAUUUCCAAAUAUGAUCAUGAUCGUAAUUAAUAUUACAAUAUUCUUUUUCGUUUUCCUCGCCUUUCGCCCUAGCUAUUUGACACUUCCAUUGAACCCGAUCUCCCAUAACAUUUUCGUAUGCACCAGCAGUCCUCCUCAUAUUAUUCCCAAUCACAUCCAACCAUUUCUUUUCGAUCUACUUUUUUCUUUCUUCUUCCCGCGUCUAUUUAAUUAUCAUAUUUACUGCUUCCUAUUGUUCUCUCCUCGAGACAUUCCCGAACCACAUUUCAGUCUAAUUGUUCUCAUUUUGUGCACCGCGGUAGCAAUGUGCCUUACGCUAUUUCUCAUAUACCCGUUCCUUAUCUAAUAAUAACGACCAAAGACAAUAACGCAAUAAUAUUGUUUCGAAUAACAUCGAACAUUUUGGAACCGUAAGCAUAACUCGCUGAUACAAUAAUCUGAUAUUAAUUGUACAGGCAUGAUGGAAAGCUUGACGAGAGAACUGAAAUUAAUGAAAUCGGACGUAAUUACGACAACGGCUUCUCCCUAUUUCAUCGCUAACUGUACGGACAGAUCGAGAAGACGUAUAUUGAGGUUAAAUUGAAUAUAUUUUAUCGAUAGGUAUGUUAUGUCGAUUGGUGUUUAAUAUUGAUUUAAUUAUUUCUUUUUUAGAAUACCGGAAUUACCGACGGAGGAAACUUGUGAAGUAAUUGUCGAAGGAAUAUUGCGGAACGAACGGGUCUUUACGGUUCCCAAUUAUCAUUAUUUCGCGUUGCCGUUCGUAAAGUAAGGAAAAACGGCUUUUUAGAAAUAUAUAUUUUAGAUUCGGAGCAUGGCGUGGGAUAUAUUGGUUUUACUAUAGCAUGUGUUUUUCAAAAGAAACGUAAAUAGUGUAAUAACUAUUCUGAAAAGCAAUUUUAUCUAGUUGGUACAUUACAGAGGUCUUUUUUUUGAUUUUCCGAGGAGUUUUCAAAAUAAUCGGAAAAUCCGGAAACGAAAUUUUAUGUAAAACGACAAAUUUACGGUACAUCACGGUGUUACCGAUUUCAUUGUUUUUAAUUUUUGAAAACUAUAUUUUUGACUAUGAAUAUUGCUCCAUUGGAAAAAUGGCACCUUUUUUGUUGAAUUUUGAAUUUAAUUGGUGAGUUCGAAUUUCAAUUUUUGAUUUUCCACGUAGUUUUUUUUUAAUAAUUGAGCAAACCAGAAAAAAAACCGUAGAAAGAAAAGGAAAAUUUACGAAAAUAUCGGUUUUAUUAUUUUCAAUUUUAUUUUUUUUUGUAAUUUAGUUAAAAAUACUCGUACCUAACGACUAGACAUUUUGACGGAAAACUUAUAUUUGCCCUUUUUAGACGUGGUAUUUCAUAAUAAGUCGUACUUGGUUGUUCAAAAAAAAAAAAUUGAGCGUAAUGUAGUAUUUUUUUUUUUUUUUAUAAUAGUUCAAUACCAAAUUUUAAUAAAAAACGUAAAUAUUACGGCCUCUCAAAACAUAAAUAUAUCCGAACUUUGCUCUAGAUCGUUUUUCAUUAGCAAUGUUUGAUUGUUAACUAUCUGAAAUUUGAUUGUGAAAUGUUGACUACCGUUUUUCGAUUUUUUUAAAAUUGCCUUUUGAAUAUUAAGAUUUUUACCCGAAGAUCUACAAAACAUGGUUGACGACAUUUUUUAUUCGGCAUUCGUACCGACCGCGAAAGAAGACGAACUACUACGAAAAUAUACGAAAAUCGCUGAGAUGAAUAAACCACAGGUAAAUACUCAAAACUAUCCUAACGAUUUUUGCAACCUAAUACAAACUAUGGGUAUAGGACCCUGGGCACUAGGUAGGUAUGGUAAAAGUGUCGUAAAAAAUUACAAAUUGUCUAGUUGUUGUUCAAUAGACAACGAGAACAUACGAACAAAACUAUUUUUAGUUAUUGGGUAUCAUCAUAAAAAGAAAAUUUAUAAUUUAUGACAACAUUGUUAGUUUUUAUUUAUUAUUCUUUUAAAAUAGAUUGAUAAUUUGGUGAUUAGGUGGUCUUGAGGCCUCGAUUAAAAACGUAAAUUAGUAGGUACGUGAAAACGGAGUCCGUUUACACGUGAAUAAGAAAUGUAUACUUAUUAUAAGUGAGUUUAAGAACCAAGUGCACGUGUUUUAUUGUUAUUAUCUGCACGUGAAACCGUAGUUAAUGAAAAUACGUGAACAAUAACGUGGAAUACUUGAAUAUACGAAUACACGUAAAUAAUUACACGUGAACAUGGAUAAUUUUUUUUAUGUACACGGUUUUAUAGUUAAUUUCACGUGAAUACGUGAAAGCGUGUACACGUGAAAUGAGGAGCUUUAGUAAAUUUUGGAACCCCUGAUCUGCCACGACGCGACAUUUAUGAUAAUAACAAUAAUAUAUUUCCGUAUGCGCGUAAAACGUAUACUAUUUUUAACGUGCUCAAACAAUUUGUUCGCGUAUAAAAUUACCUAUUAGCUUUUCAUAAGUCAAAACCAUUUCCGUAUUAAAAAUGACGUCAUCAGCUUAUAUUGAUACGUCAAGCUAAAACUGCGUACCAUCAGACAUUAUAAUGGCGUUCAUAUUUUAAAACAUUAUACACAUCUGUUUUUUUUUUUUUUUUAUACGAUGUAUCCACGUUCGUUAUACUGCAGUUUCAACCCCAUCCCUGCGAAAAAUUCUACGAAUUAUUAUACGAUUUCAAACACCAUUCAACAUCAAUAAUAGUUAUUAAUGCAAAGAACUUUUGUAAUUCUGUGUCGUCAACGAAAUAAUAAUUUUUCAAUCCAUGUAGGUAUAUGCCACGACCCAAAUUAUAAUAUUUUUAAGUAACGUUGGACUCUCGAUAAUGUUCUCCGAUAAUUAUUGCUUCCAAAGGCUUUCCGCACUUGACUAUCGUCAAUAUUUUUUCUUAUAUAUAUAUAUUUUUUUUUUCGUAUAGAAUAUUGUCUGUUUGAUGAAUAAUGCGAUGAUGAGUUCUCGUUUAUCAUUGGAGUUGAAAUUCCGCGCAAAAAACAGAUUAUAUCAUAAACAAGGGGGAAACAAAAAAUAUAUUUGUGCUAUUCCGCGAGCUUUAAUAAUGUAUAUAAUUUUUUUUUAUUUUGUAUACGUUUUUUCAGACCUCGUUCUUUGCUCCGUGUUUGAAAAUGGGCAGCGUACUCGACGAAGACGAACAGUGAAAUAUUAUUAAUACGAAAACAAUAUUCUCUAUUAAAUGCAUGUAAUCUGCAGUUUGAUAAACACGAUUUUUUAUCACCGUAAUAUUGUUAUACGAAUCGUAUAGGUCAUUCGUAUUUAUGUAUUUUAUCGAUCUUCAAUAUAAUAAAUUAUGAUAACAUAUUAUUGUUACGUUUAAAUUUUAAGCAUAGGACAAAAUUUCGUAUUGUUUAAAAUUGUUCAUAGUUUAAAAAGCGUAUUGCGUAUUUAUAAAAGAAUACUGAAUUAAGCUAAUAUAUAUAUAUAUAUAUAUAUAUAUAUACUUUUAAGGAUGUCCUUGUCCUUAAAAAAGUGUCUUCGGUGAUAGUUUUUAGGUACGUGAGUUGGCACCACCGCAUAUUAUUAUGUAACAUACUUGGC